AUGGCCUCCUCUUCGCCACAAUCAUCAGCAGCGACUGCACAUUCAUUCAAUAAGAUCCUCAAUCAGUCCAGGUCGUCAAAAUCAAAACGUUCUGGUGAUAUAGAUGAAGGAACAAAGAAAUUGCGGCGGAUGAUCCUGGUCGAGGGCAUACCUUCAGAGAUUGACCCUACCCUCCGGCCUCGGAUAUGGAAAAUUCUACUGCGCGUAGAUGACGUUUCAGCGUGCAUAUUUCUAGAAUACGUUGCUCGUGGCCCUUGUGAGGUUCGAGAGAAAAUAAGGAAUGAUACAUUCAGGACUCUAGCUACAGAUCGAGGUUUUAAGGAACGAGUACGAGAAGAUAUGCUCGUCCGUCUGUUGGAUGCUUUUGUGUGGCGCAGUCAUGACAGGCAAGAAACUCAGCAACUCGGCUUUACAUACGUCCAGGGGAUGAACGUACUGGCUGCGCCGUUUCUGUACACCAUGCCUUCAGAACUGGAAGCUUUCUUCUGCUUCGCCAGGUUCAUCGAGGAGUGCUGCCCACUAUAUGUUCAACCCACGCUAGAAGGAGUACACCGUGGUCUCAAGCUACUUGACAGAUGUUUGAAGAUAGUGGACCCCGAACUGUUUGCGUAUUUGCGAAUGAAGAACCUUUCGGCUGAGAUUUAUGCGUUUCCGUCUGUUCUGACACUCUGCGCAUGCACGCCACCUCUUGACCAAGUGCUCCAACUAUGGGAUUUCCUCCUUGCAUUUGGCGUACAUCUCAAUGUCCUAUGUGUUAUUGCCCAGCUGCUUCUCAUGCGAGAUGAAGUAAUGGUAUCAUCAAGUCCCAUGCGCUUACUGCGAACAUUCCCACCCCUCGAGGCAGUUCCAGUCAUAGGCAUUGCAGUAACCCUCGUUCGCGACCUCCCUGUAGAUCUAUAUGACGAACUUGUUCGGCACCCGUACGAAAUCACUCCGAUGUAG